AUGUUGUCCACCCCGAUACCCUCCUAUGCCGUUUCUUUGACGUAUGAAUUAGGAAAAUGUUUUCUUUCUUCCCUCUUUUUAUUUUAUUUUCCGUCUUUGUUUUCGUUUUCGUUUCUUUUAUUUUUCAUUAAUUCUUUUUUUUUAUCUUUAUCUCAUUUACCUUUCAUUCAUUUCUCUUCCAUUUUUCUUGGUUUCUUUGCUAGUUUUUUCAGUUGUAUUUACUUCAUUUUUUCAUAUUUUUCUUACGUUCUUUCUUCUUUUCUUCCUUUCAAUCGUUCUUUCUUUCAUUUCUCUUUCUUUUAUUUUCUUUUCUUUUCUCUUUCUUUUCAUUUCUCUUUCUUUUCAUUUCUUUUCAUUUCUUUUUCUUUUUAUUUUCUUUUCAUUUCUCUUUCUUUUAUUUUACUUCAUUUGAAUUUAUUACGUUUAUUCCUGUAUUUCUUUUUUCCUUCGUUUUCCGAUUUUUCUUUCUUUCUCUCAUGUGUCUCCUUUUCAUUUUCUUUUUCUCUUUCUUUCAUAUUCUUUAUUUUAUUUUUAUUUAUUUCCAUCGAUUUUCUUUCUUUUUUCUUUUAUUUUAAAAUUUGUUCUCAUUCUAUUUUUUUCCCUAUUAUUUCUUUCUCCUAA